AUGCCGCCACGACUUACAUAUAUUCAACCAAAGAGGCUAUUUCGUUCCACUGUAUCGCUACAUAGAAGCUCGUACAAGAAACAGUUGGCCAGAUUAGGUGAGGCACUACAAAGAGGAGGCAUCCUGAAACAAAAACCCAACCUGAACCCAGAAUCAGACCCCAAACUAGAUGAGGAGGAAACCGAGCCCAACUCAGCUCUAGCACGAUGUUCAUUAAAAUACAAAUCUGAACUCGGCGAGAGUUACUCGGCAAUAGUCCAAAUGAGCCGAGAAGACAUUGAUUUGCAAGCGAACUUGACAAAAGGGUCUCAGUGGGGUAGCGUGCUACCCCUACAUUUCAAAGAUAGGACGGCCGCAUACCGAAGUAUACCUCAUUCGUUUGAUGUGCUUACCACGCCGUGGGGAGAAAUCAAGCGUAUCUAUAAAACCUUCGAUGAAUUGGACCAUGACAAUACUUUCUUCCAUAAAGCUCUCGUCCAAAACAAAGCUCCUCCGUCCAGAAAUAGAGUGAGAGAACAGAAUGAUUUCUACCAGAGAUGUAAGCAGCUCCGUAGAGAUGAGCAGCCUCGGUCUCUUCUGACAGGAGAGCAGAUAACAAAAGCUUUAUACCCAUAUAACGUGAUGGGUUUCGACAGAAGUGCUAUGGGAUUCCCCCUUAGAGCAACACAAGCCGUCUAUGAGAAUGGCAAACCCAUUUAUCCAAAGGAAUUCAUAGAAGAUCUUUCAGAAAGCAGAGAAGGGCCCACGGUUUACUUAAACAAGAAGUAUGUGGGUCAGGUCGACGUUGAAGUUUUGAAAAAUACCAUCAAUCCUGACUAUUCUAGGCCUAAUCCUACCCGAGAGGCCCUUUUAUCGUUUGGAAAGCCAAUAUUUGUAGCUGAUGCGACACAAUACAGCGCUUUGGCUGCUUCUCGACAAUUGGAGGACACAAUCGAAAUUCAAAUUAAAGGACUUCUUAAUUACCUCGAUUCUCUCGGAACCGAGAAAACUAUGGGAGAAAUUUUGUCCUCUGAGUGGAAUGAGAUCUUCAAGAAUUUAAGCACAGGUAAACUUGGGCAAACUUUGGGAGACACAAACAUUACAGAGUUUGAUAAAAACAGCUUCAAUGAUUUUCACAAAGAUAUCUUUCUCAAAAGUGGAGAGUAUUUCUUGGCCUCAAAGCAUGAAGAAUUAUCGUACAGCGAUGGGCCUGUUUACAAGCACUACAUGAGUAGAUUUGCGUUGGUACCGUUCUUCGGAAUCAAUCUUGUAACCAGAAGGCAAUAUCACUUGCUCUAUCGCCAUCUCUUCAAGAUUUUCUUAGUCAAUUGCGAACCGCUGAUCCAAAUUUUGAUUCAAGGAAGGUACAAACUGGCAGAAGAUUUAAAUCUCUUCACGAGAAGGCUUUACGGGUGGAUUCAUAAUGUUAUCAUCCGAAAAAUUAUGCCCGUGGCAUUGAAACACAGGCGUCCACUAGCGGCAGGCUACAAUCUUUUGAUAUACAAGCCCUUGAAGACCAGUAGCUUUUCACGCCUUUACUGGAUACGAAAACCUCAGAGUCCACUUCACCACAAGUUUCAAACAUCUUCUCGGCGGGGCAGACAAAAAUUGAGAUUUUUGAAACGCCUUGAGAAACUAAAAUUUCGGUAG